UGUGGGUGUUCUCUAAUUUGUGCGGCGCACCAUAUUGGUUCACCUGUGUGAUGAUGACUCGCUCAUUCGACGGGUGUUGUGCGGUCGAAUGGUACGAGGGAAAUACAUAGGCAGCUUGAAGUCGGUCCGUAAUAUCCCAAUGGAGGAGGCUAAUAACGAGGACACACAUAUGCUCGCGCGCCGCCACCUACUAGGAGCAUGUUCUGCUGCUGCCUGCGCCUGUGAACGACGGAUGGACGGUUUGGACGGUUCGGGUGGCGGCAUUCGCUCCCCCGUCUUUAAAAAAUUAGAUUUCCUGGAAACUUGCGGUUGGUUGUUUGCUCGGUGUUUUUUUUGCUUGAUGCCUAUUUGCCAUUUCAGUGCGCGUCCUCUUGGCCCUUUAGACUUCUUUUUGUGCGCACCGUGUCCUUGUGGGGUUGUGAAAUUAGCUACACCCGCCAAUAUAUUUAUGAUUAUCGCUGUGUCUCCUCUGCUCUGAAUGAUUUCCCCUCUUACCCGACGUGACAAUGUCUUUUUAGUGCGUGUGCGUGUGUAUUGUGCGCGUGUUGUGUGCGUGUGCGCUUUAUGUUUUGUGCCGCGCACACGAAGGAAAAUCCGAUGCACCGGGUGGUCGGUCUUUGCCGCGUUUGCUGCUACUGAUGCUGGUGCUGGUGCUGCUGCUUCUGCUUUUGUUCGACCCUGUGGUUAACGACUACUUAAAAACAGCUGACAUGAACGUCACCACCGAGCGCAUAGUACUCACACACGUCCAAAACACGUUGUCUUUGAGCAAGCCUAUUGCGGAAUACAAACGCCAUGUUUCGUCCGUUAUCGAGAAGUUUCUGGAGGAGUUCGAUGCCCAGGAGGCGCCCAGGGCUCAAGCUGCCAGCGGCGACGAAGGCGGCGCGGCCGGCAGCAGCGAUCAGGAGUACGACAGCGAUGGCGAGCCCAGGGCCGCCAAGGCCAAGCGCGGCCGCAAGCGGCCUGCUGGCGAGGAUGGCGCCACCGCCGCUGCCAAGCGCUCCCGCUCCGGCACCGGCACCACCAGCACUGACGAGGUGCUGUACAGCUCGGACCUGAGUGGGCGGCGCAAGGCGCGGUGGGCGCGGCUGGCUCGUGAGCUGCCCCAGCUGCUGGCGGCGCAGCGGGCCGGGAAUGCGGCGGCACCGGCGUGUCAGCUGUCCCGGACCCGGCUGGCUGCCAUCAGCGAGUUCAGGGGCAGCUGCUACCUGGGGCUCCGGGAGUACUAUGAGAAGGACGGACAACUCCACCCUUCGAAGAAGGGCGUCAACUUGAGCCUGGCGGAGGCGGAGGCCCUCCUGGCGGCGGCACCCGACAUCUCGGUCGCCGUCGGGGGGCUUGGGGAGCUGCUGCCGCCGCCGUCACCGCCGCCGCAGGAGGCGGUUGCGACGACGACGGCGGCGGCUGCGCCGCCGCCGCUGCCGCCUCCGCCGCAGGCCGCGGCCGCACCCCCGAAAAACGGCGAGUUGCUUCCCGGCAAGAAGGGCAUCGCUCUGUCGCCGGCCGACUGGGGCACUCUGCAACAGCAUAUGGGGGCUGUGGACGAGGCACUCAGGCGGAGAGAUCUAGCGUACUGUCUCAAGCUGAGUGGAAUGCGCCGGGUAUCGCUGAGCGAGUUCAAGGGUGUGACGUACGUCGGUGUACGGGAAUAUUACGACAAGGGCGGUGGCGAUCUGGCUCCCAGUGCUAAAGGCCUCAACUUGAAUCAGGCUCAGUGGGCGGCGUGUGUGGCGGGUGCCCCGGCCAUCACUGCCGCGUUGCAGCGGGCGCAGCAGGCGGCGUGA